AAACCUAGAACUAAAGACCUCUUCUGGAUUUUGCCUCGACAUCAGCUUCAUUGCUGGGGAAGCUACUGACUUCGUCCUGUCUUCGUCCUGGGAAUUCCGGACACGUAGGAUUAUGUUGGCACGCAAUCAUAUGGUCUGAAGCCUUGGGACGACUCUUCGUCUCCCCUUCAAGCGCCUACAAGCAAUCGUCCAUGAGAACUGAACCAUGCUGAAGAACCCCUCGUAGGGGGUACCACUGGAUCGUAGAUGUGCGAGUGUAAUAUGCACCCCACCGACACCCGUUGCGCGCGUCCAAAUUUUCUGCUUUCGAGGCGCUACGAGGAUUGGUCCAUCUGAAGGAGUAACGAUAAAUGUUUGAGAAAGUGAGAAGAUUUGCUAGUCGGAUGUAGAGUACCAGUGGACUGCGAAGAAAAGCCUUUCGAAAACGAAGAAUCGAGCUCGGAGUCCGAAUUCAAAAUGCCGCCUCGCUCCAUGUCGCGUGAAGAAAUACAGUUAGAGUCUGUCGUCUCGACCCAGAGAGAAUUGAGAUAUGUGGACUUCAUAGCACCGGAUUUUACGAGAUCAGGGCGUUCGCACAACGAGCCAGGACGAAGACGCUACGUUGUCAUCUUCGAUUAUUUCGAUGGAGGAAGCCCGAACCUCACCUACUUGGAGUACGAUGGCAACGAGCGAGCUUUGGGUCGGUUGAAUUGGAUAGCCCUGAACAACAGCGACGAGGAUUACGAAGUGAAACUGCUGAACUUCGACUCUCCAUUGCCAGAGGCGGUGGUCCAAGAUCUUAUGGUGCUCACCGACGAAGAAUUGCGGACUGCUUUGACUGCGCACGUCUCCCCUCCCAAGGCCGAUGGCUGGGUGGACUGCGAUCAGUGGCAUGUUCUCGAGCUUCUGCACAGCAAAUUGGACGGGCAAGUUGCCAUUCUUCCUGCGGAUCCACCUGAUAACUUCCCUCCUGAAUGGCAAAAUUAUGCCUGCCACUUAUUCAGCUUCUUCUUGAAGGACUACACGAGACCGUGGCAAUGAGCUGAAGCUGGGUGGAGACAGGUGGCCCAGAGCAUGUUCAUUUGCACAUGGUGGUAGUACCCACAGAACUCGCCACGUUGCUUUUCCAUCAGCGUCCACUUAUGGCCUUGAAGAGCUCGUCACUUUAUCCAAUGGCAGAAUGUGCCAUGCUGUGAACGUUGUUUGUGUAGGCCGAAGUUUUUAUUACUAGCUCAUUUUUAUGAGCACAUAACAAAGUUCUCUGACUUAUUUUGGGGUAAUUGCGCUUUAAAAAUUAAACUCCCCUUCGACGGAGGUAACGAACGAAAAGGCAGAGGAAGAGAUCGCUCAUGUUACUAUAUGAAAGCUAUGAAUAAUUAUCGACAGCAGUGCACAGAGGAGGUUAAAACAUGCCGAUUGCGGACACGAAGAUAAGGGCCAAAAGGAAAGGAGAGAGCUGGUCUCACUUGUCAGAAAUCGCCCAAUUUGCGCCUCCUCACGUCAAUGCCAGUAUGCAAGUCGGUGAGAAAUAGCUUUGUUUGACAACAACGAUCCCUUCGCGGGUAUUUGGCAAAAGUUUCUCCUUUGAAGUUCAGAUACAUAUAAGUUACACAACAAGGUUCCUCUCGGAUCCAUUCCUUGGAUUAACUUGGUCCAGAGCAUAGCUGGUCGUUAUUGCUCUCUCAGGUGAUCUCUGCUAGUUUUCAUUUGCGAAACUUCCAUACG